GGAGAGCGCCAGUAUCCCAUUGAUCCCCCUGGGUCUUAAGGAGACUAAGGAUGUGGACUACUCUGUGCCCUUUAAGGACUUCCUCCUUGAGCACUACAGUGAGGACGGACACGAUUUCCAGGAGGAGAUUUCCGACCUCAUGGACCAGAGACAGGCCUGUCGGACCCCCAGUCGGAGUGAGGAGGGCAUUGACCUGUUGGCCGGUUACUUUAGUCAGCUGGCUCUGCUGGAGAGCAGGUUCUUCUCCCCUAAUCGCCAGAUCGGAAUCUUCUUUACCUGGUACGACACGUUUACAGGCGUGCCGGUGUGUCAACAGAACAUCUCUCUGGAGCGUGCGAGUGUGCUCUUCAACAUGGGCGCCCUCUACACACAGAUCGCCACGCGCUGCCACAGACAGAGCAGCUCCGGCCUGCAGGAGGCCAUCAGCGCCCUCCAGAGAGCUGCAGGCGUGCUGCACCACCUGAAGGAGACGUUCACACACACGCCCAGCUACGACAUGAGCCCGGCCAUGCUGAGCAUGCUGGUCCGCAUGAUACUGGCGCAGGCCCAGGAGUGUCUGUUCGAGAAGAUCGCCCUGCCCGGCAUACGCAACCUCUUCCUGUCUCUGCUCAAGAUGGCCCAGGAGACCGCCAAGGUACGCACCGGGGGGGGGGGGGGGGUUUGA